AUGCCAAGUGUUUUGGUUACUCGAGCUGAUGUAUCUUUUCAAGAUCGUGAAUACUGGACUAGUUUGGUUCUAAUUUCAGAAGCUGUAUCUGCUUUUUGCUUUGCUCCUGUCUUUGGCUAUCUGUUAGAUGCAGCGAAGACUCGACAGAAAUGGUUUCUCUUUGGUCUUGUCUUUCUACUAGUAUCUAUGGCCUUGUUUACCGCUGCUUCCUCUAUCCCUUGGUAUAUAGGGACAAGAAUUCUUCAAGGUGCUGCGAACGUCAUGGUCAGUCUAUCUGCGUUUACCAUUGUGAGCGACACUGUCCCAAGAAAUCGUCUAGGCCAAGUGCUUGGCUAUGUGGACAUUGCCUUCACGCUAGGAUUCACACUGGGCCCCAUGCUGGGUGGAAUUAUUUACCACAAUGCUGGAUAUUACUCAUUCUGUGGGACAGUCUUUGGUCUCAUUGGUGUCGAUUUUAUACUGCGAUUAUUGAUAGUCGAAAAGAAAACUGCGGCUAAAUGGUUAUCUUCGGAGAGCCGUGAGGGCAACGAUGAAGCUCAAUGCUUGAGUCAGCACAGCGAGGCUUCUCAAAAGAAGCCGAGCCAGGUAUUUGCGAUAUGGAGCCUUCUUCAGCAGCCACGAAUUCUUAUUGCUACAUGGGCGGUGAUUCUACAGUCCCUUCUAAAUACGGCUUUAGAUUCUGUGCUCCCAGUCUUUGUGGAAGAUACAUUCCAUUGGAAUACUUUCGGUGCUGGGCUUACGUUUCUUCCAAUUGCUUUAACGGUGCUGUUCCAGCCUCUUUGUGGUUAUCUUUCUGAUCGAUUCGGAACCCGUAUUGUCGCAGCCUCGGGGUUCACUCUGCUAACCCCUUCAUUGAUCUGCAUGAGAUUUGUUCAUGAGAAUACUAUGCAACAGAAAAUUCUUUUCUUCGCGUUACUGUCUCUGUUUGGGCUAUUCACCAACUGCAGUUCCCCCUGUCUUUUGGUGGAGAUGCAGAAGGUGGCCGAGGAGAUGGCAGAAAAAACGCCCGGCAUCUUUGGGGAGAAAAGUGCUACAGCGCAGACUUUCAGCAUCCAGCAAAUGGCUGUUUACACUGGAUUUACUGUCGGUCCAAUACUUGGAGGCUACGUUGAUAGUCACUAUGGUUGGAAUACCAUGGUAUUGUCCCUUGGAAUUUUGCCCGCCCUCACGGCGGUGUCAACCCUCUGGCUUUCAGGGCCUGGGUCAAGUAAGAAAGCCACAAAGGACUGA